AUGGGGGCGUGGUCAAAUUACCGACACGUCACUCAAUAUUGUUCAUCGCUGAUGUCUCUGAUGUCAGGUCCCAGAUUUGGGGAUUUAGUACUUAUUACGCGAUUUUUCCAUUUGAUACGAUUACCAGAGAUGGCUCCUACAUUUUCUAUUAAGUUGGAAUAAAUUGAUUGGGAAUUUGAAGGCUUUUACUAUAAAUAAUCCAGCGAAAAAGCAACACGUAAUUUUGUCCUCGGUCCCACAUAUUGCCAUUUAUGCACUAAAAAGUCGACUGCACUGCCUCGUCAAUUUCGUUUGCCUGAAUGUGACGAUACAUCACUAGGUCUAAGAGCAAGUUUAAUCAUGGUACGGGUACUAGCAAGUGGAGAGGUCGUUGCAGAUGAUGAUCCGAGAGCACAAGCAUCAAGAAACCAACAAUCUGGAUCAUCAAGACAAAUGGGAAGGAUCAAUCAUGACAAUGACAUGGGCAAUCAAGGUGGUUAUGGAGGAGGAGGAGCUCAGGGAGGUGGAGCAGGUGGAGUCUCCAUCUUCCAAGUCCUGAAUCAGAAACUGCUCGACGCUGGCAUCCCUCGUUGGACGUUGGGAACGACGGUGGUUGAACCUAUCGUGACGGUCGGCUUCAUCCUUGCCAUGCUUCUCCUUGGAGUGAAGGGACUCUUUCUUGGAGCCAUUCUCUUUGCAGCUGUCAAGUUCAGUGGAGGAAUGGAUGACAGUGGUGCGGGUAAUAGCAAUGCCGGUAGGAAUACCGGUGGAGGGGGUCGGGGCGGAGGGAUGGGUGGUGGCAGGACAACAGGUGGAAGAGUGCUCGGUGGAAGAUGAUGACAGUAGCCUCACCAAGGCGCUUUGUUGAUUAGAAGACAAUUGUCUCGGGAGUAUCGGGGCUAGAGUUCUUGAUGAAGUGAUCAAGCUGUUCCCUUUGAGAUGAUUACAAAUAGACUGAAAAAAUGUGGAGUUUUUAAAGCAUUUUCUGAUUUUUCUCAGUUAUCCUCCUACAUAUAAUGAAGUCUCCCAUUGGAUUCGUAAAGGUAGUGGUUAACUACAGCGUCUAAGGGGAAAAGGGUGAGCUGCCUCACCCUCUUUGACUACUGCUUAAAUCCCACUUUUGAUGGGGAAAACAAAGUGUGUGACGGAAAAGGAACUUCUUAUGGAUAAUCAUCUCAUCAGUAUCUUGAAAUAUGUGAUGUAAAAUAGAAAACAGACAGGGUUUGCUUUGUCGUCAUGUUUCUAAUGCAGCUAGAACAUGCGAACGUGCCAGCCAAUCACAUUCGUGUUACCAUCAGGGCAUGUCUACCACCACCACUGCAAUGCGUAUGGGAUACUUCGGUCUAUGGAGGGAGGGGAUGCCGCGAAGCCAGACGAAGUCUCGGCGGAGCAUACCCUAACUGAAGUAGACUGAUUUUUCGGUCUAGGUUUGCACCUGCUGCACACAUGUUUUCUGUAUGUGUGGUCUCAUCCAAAUCGGUCUAAUUAUACUUAUUUUUCAACCAAUGUACAACCAGUUGUUUACUAAAUAACUAAUUUCCAGGUUAGGCUAUACACAUUUCAUUCAAUAUCUACUUUGUCUAACAGCACAGAAAUUAUUAGAUGAAUUGUUUAUGAACCAAUUAUACAUUUGACAGAGUAGAAAAAUAAUAAGUAGAUGGAGUGGAAAUUAGACCAGCUGGGCUUACGGCCAAAUGAUAUUUUGAUGAAGUGGGUGUUGGACCAAGUGUAGUGUUGAUCAAAUGGCAAUUAGACCCAAAAUAAUUGUACACAAAAUGGGUUUCUAUCUAGAAAGUAGACCAACUGUUUGUACACUAAGUAAAUAAAACCGCUGAGGUUUGUUGGAUUCACAAGCCAAUAUGUAAUAGCUUAAAGGACAAGUCCACCCUAAUAAAAGGUUGAUUUGAAUAAAAAGAGAAAAAUCCAACAAGCAUAACACUGAAAAUUUCAUCAAAAUCGGAUGUGAUAUAAGAAAGUGAUGACAUUUUAAAGUUUUGCGUAAUUUCACAAAACAGUUAUAUGCACAUCCUGGUCAGUAUGUAAAUGAUGAGACUGAUGAUGUCAUCCACUCACUAUUUCUUUUGUAUUUUAUUAUAUGAAAUAUUUUAAUUUUUCUCCUCAUUGUCAAGUGAAACAACGAUUAAUUCCUCCCUGAACAUGUUGAAAUGGUUCAGUCAAGUUGGUCCUUGUUGUAAAAUCUCUAAAAAAUUGAAUAUUGUAUAAUUCAAAAAAUAAAAGAAAUAAUAAUAUAGGGUAUUUAUAUUGCGCACAUAUCCACCUUAUUAGGUGCUCAAGGCGCUCCUAUAUUACCCGGCUAAGCUAGGCGUUCACAGCGCACACAGCUUCUUGAGGAAUUACUUCCUACCGGUACCCAUUUACCUCACCUGGGUUGAGUGCAGCACAUUGUGGAUCAGUUUCUUGCUGAAGGAAAUUACGCCAUGGCUGGGAUUCGAACCUACGACCCUUUGUUUCAAAGUCCGAAGACUAAUCCGCUGGGCCACAAUGCUCCACAAUGGUGAGUGGGGGGAAUCAUUUACUGUCUCAUUUGCAUGUCACUGAGUUAUGCAUAUCACUGUUUUGUGAAGAAUAAGCGAAACUUGAAAAUGUCAUAACUUUCUUAUUUUAUAUCCGAUUUUGAUGAAAUUUUCAGCGUUAUACUAGUUUGAUUUUUCUCUAUUUAUUCAAAUCGACUUAAAAAUUGUUGAUUAUGAAAAGUUUAUCACAAUUAAUUGUCCGAAAAUGCUGCUUUGUAUUACUUUAAACCAGCUCAGAAGUUUGGUACCCAAAUGCCUGCUUAUCAUGGACAAGGUCCAUAGAAAGCCUUUCUUUCCUUUCCCCCUUCCCUGUUCUCACAGAGAUUCAGACUCGGUGAUAGUUAACAACAAUAUUUUGCUGUCGAUAAUCAACAUUGAAAUCAAAUAUCGAACAGCACUAAUUUGAAGGAAUGUCAUGGAGCUGGUUCAUCUGCCAAAAUUUCAUCAUCAUAUGGGCAUUUUCACGGUAACUGACAUUACACGGCACAAUAUUUUCACACCUUUCAUUGUGUGUAUCUCUAAAACAACAAAUGAUGGGAGUUUGCUUUUGAUAGAUUUAAUAAAGUGAACCUUGCUGUAUACUCUGAUACUAAGUUUUCCUAUGUAACCACAUUUUUUUACGAAUCAGCAAGCAAAAAUGUGUCGGUAACUGACAUUACGCAAAAGGACAUGCAAUUUCAGGGUGUUCAUUAAAAUUGAAAUAUCUCAUGUCCCUGAGUAGAUAGAGUAAUAAUUUGAAUAUGUAAAUAUACCUCCGUUACUAGGUUAAGAUGUGUCAAAAUAUUAAACAAUUUGUUUUUGUCUUUUGGGGGCUAUGAUAAUUUUUCCACAACCAUGCUGGUAACUGACAUUACGGUAACUGACAUUACACUUAAUUUGCCAUAGAGAUAACACAUGGAAGUCAAAUGUGUGGAAUCAUUGCAUUGUAUCUUCUGUGCAGGGCUUCACAUGAAAGUGAGCUUGAUGUGGAAGUAUACCCGAGUUUCUAGGAACAUUUCAAUGAAUUUUUUUUUUCUUUUUCUUAAUUCCUUUCUUUGAUUUGAACAUUUUUAUCAUUACUUGUCGGUAACUGAAAAUACACAUUAACAUUUACCAGUGCUAUAUGAUUUUCAAAGGCAUAAUUUUCUUGGUACUUAUAUGUAAGGCUUUUUAAAAUCAUAAAAGUUUCAUAAUACUUCACAUUUUUAAUUAUCAAAAGAUAAGAAAUGUAUGUUUUACUUACUCGGGGGGGGGGGGGUCAUAGCAGCUACAUGUUUUCCUGUAGUAAUUUAAUAUUGCAUGGACUGUACACAUGGAUUUUUCUGACUAUACACCCAUAAUAUAUUCAUCAGUUUUAUAUUGACUUUUUAAACCUUUUCCUUCUCCAACCUCCCCUCCCCUAAAAAAAGGCAAAAUGAAUAAGGGUCUCCUCCCCUAGGCUACACGUACCCCUCCCCGAAUCUCAUGCAGCCAUGUAGUUUUAUUGAUUUCUAUUCUGGUCAGUGCAAGCAAUGCUUGUUCAUAUCUGUCGGAUUUCAAUUCUCUUCAUAAUUUGUUUAAUCAUUUUCUUUGCUAAUUUCUUUUUUAAGCUGUCAACAAAAAAUAAACUCCAGCUUCUAAACUGAAACUGAACUAUUUGUAAAUUAGAAAAAAAUCACAGUUUUAGUAGAUCCAUGCAACAUUGAUCAGAACUGUCAAAUUUCACUUUUCAUCUAUACUUGUAAACCAAAAACAAAAUUGUAUCACACAUCCACAAUACUAACAGGUAUAAAAACCAGGAAUUUACUUUUAGCGAGGCAAUGCUCAAAAGAAUCCUAGAAACUAAAAAAGGGACCCUGGAAAUCCCCUUCAUCACAAUGUUAAGCUUAAAAAAUGUUGCAGAUUUAGGCAAUAGGUUGGGAAAAGUACCCCCUACCCCCCCCCCCCCCGAAAACCAAACAAAAAAUUGUCUAAUACAAACAAUUAGGUACUUGGUAAGUGCAUGUACAAAACAAUUUCUUUUCAUAGUAAUUUUUUUUGCACGAUGGUAAUGCAACUUCCUUCAUAAUUUCAUAUAGUAUUCCUUGUGAACUAUACCUUUUAAAAGUCAAUAGCAAGCUCCUUCUGGUGUGACUUUUAAAGUGAAAGACUUAAAUAACAAGUAUACAAUAUUUCUUCACCAUAAAAUUGACCACAUAUUUGCAUUUCAAUAUUGGUAACCAACGUUUUAUCAUGGUAACUGACAUUACAUCUCGGUAACUGACAUUACAUUUUCCACUUGGUAACUGACAUUACAUAUAUUUAAUGGUACCCUAUGGCUUCAUUGUUAAUUGGUAAUCUUUAAUUUUGGUGUAGAAGGGAGGGGUGUUACCUAGAGAGGAAAUCUACCAAGUUUCAUAUAAUAUUUCCUCUUUUCUAGGAAAUGAGAAAAAAAAGUUCAUGUUUUCGGUAACUGACAUUACAUACCAUAUCACAUACUUCAUCAAUGUUUUUUUAUCAGAUGAAUGAAUUACUGGUGUUUCUUUCUGUGGGAUUUUAAAAAGUGUUAUAAUAGCAAGCUAAAUCACAGGCAAAAACAACAUGAUCAAACCUGUUCUUUAAAAAUCUGUCAAAACAAAAUAUGUAUCAAUAUACUAUUUUCAACACUAAUUUGUAUCCAUACUUUGGCAGCCAUUUUGAAAUAAAAAAUGGCUGCCAGAGUCGGAAAAAAAUUUUGUCUCAGAAACUUCAGGUCUUGUUUUAUUAAAUAACAUAAAUCAUUUGA